GUUGGGUUACCUUCAGUAUCUCCCUCUGAUGGAAAAGGGUUUAAUUCCUCUUAAAGAUGCCAGCUAUUUGACAAAUGGGUAUUUAGAUACUGUAAUAGAUUGGAUACCAGGCAUGAGACAUAUUCGUUUGAGGGACUUGCCAACCUUCGUCAGAACCACAGAUCCAAAUGACAUCAUGCUGAAAUAUCUUGUGAGAGAGUUCGAACGAGCCCAGAAAGCUUCAGCAAUCAUUUUCAACACAUUUGAAGCCUUAGAGCUUGAAGUUCUGGAUGCACUUUCGACUUUCCUACCACCUAUUUACUGCAUUGGACCCCUUCAACUACAGGUUAGUCAGAUUCCACCAGAUUAUAACAAUUUGAAGUCGAUUGAAUCAAAUCUUUGGAGAGAAGAAACAGAGUGCCUUGAAUGGCUUGACUCAAAAGAACCAAAUUCUGUGGUUUAUGUCAACUUUGGAAGCAUCACAGUCAUGACAGCUGAGCAGCUAAUUGAGUUUGUAUGGGGACUUGCAAAUAGCAACAAGGCCUUUUUAUGGGUUCUAAGGCCUGACCUUGUUCGUGGAGAAUCCGCUGUGGUUCCACCGGAGUUUUUGGAAGAGACCAAAGAAAGGGGUCUAUUCGCAAGUUGGUGCCCUCAAGAUCAAGUACUGAGCCACCCAGCUGUAGGAGGGUUCUUGACACACAGUGGAUGGAACUCCACCCUUGAAAGUUUGUGUGGUGGAGUGCCCAUGAUCUGUUGGCCCUUCUUUGCAGAGCAACAAACCAAUUGCAGGUUCUGUUGCAAAGAAUGGGGCAUAGGCAUAGAGAUAGAGGAUGAUGUUAAAAGAAACUACAUAGAGGACCUUGUGAGAACAUUAAUGGAGGGAGAGAAGGGCAAAGCGAUGAGGAAGAAAGCCAUGGAAUGGAAGAAGUUGGCAGAGGAGGCCGCUACUGGUCCAAAUGGGUUAUCAUUCUUGGCUUUGGACAACAUGAUUAACCGUGUUCUUCUUUCUCCAAGAAAUCUGAAUUGACUAGAAUCUAGCUGGUUGUUUCAGUCCGUACUUUGAAUCAUCUUGUUCCUGAUAAGAAGUUCCUUUUUGCUUUUGUGUAGUUUUAUGUGCUUUUGUGUAGUUUUUGAAUUUCUCGGGUCAUGAGAAGUUUUUUGUUUUUUUUUUUUGUCUGAGAAGUUCCUUUCAGCUUUUUUGUUUGCUUUAGAGCAAGUCCAGCAACACAGGCUGGACUCGGACUAGGAGAUUUUAGGACUAAAAAGCGAUUCCAGCAGCUCAGGCUGGUCCGGGCUGGAGGUGGGGGCCACGAAGACAAGCUGACCCAAUGGCAAGUCGAGCUUGAGAUCCAAAACGAAGGGGGUUGACGUUA